AUGACAUCAGCAUCCAUAUCCGUCUCCCUCUUAACGGCGGUUGAUGCGAGCUCACACGUCCACCUCAUUGUCGGCUCGAACCCACUGGCCGCAGCACGAUGCACCAAAUCGCUCCAGGUUGGCGCCAAACCUUUGCUCAUUGCGCCGGAAACAGCAGAUCUUCACUAUGCCCUGCAGCGAAGGAUAGAAAACGGGGAGGUUAAAUGGCUAAGGAAGGCAUUUGAAGACGAGGAUGUGCUGAGACUUGGGAGGGACGAGAUCAAUUGUGUCGUGGAUGCUGUGUUUGUAACCUCUGGUCCUCGAGAUCCGUUAAGCACCCACAUCUCCCAGCUAUGCAGGCGCAAUCGGAUUCCCGUCAACGUCGCAGACGCGCCCUCCCUCUGCACAUUCAGCCUCCUCUCAACCCACACCGACGGGCCCCUACAAAUUGGGGUAACCACCAAUGGCCGCGGUUGCAAACUUUCAUCACGCAUACGACGCGAAAUUGUCUCUACUCUCCCUCCUCAACUCGGCGCAGCAUGUUCCCGUCUGGGCACGAUCCGGCGGGGCAUCCAAGAAGAAGAUCACCACUCCCACCUUGCUUUCUCUGGCGCCGGCGACCUCGACGAAGAAGAAUCCGUCGACCAAUCAUCAACAUUUAAUAAACUCGUCACAGAAGCCGAUCUGGAUGCGGCGAAGAACAGACGAAUGAGAUGGCUCUCGCAGAUUUGUGAAUACUGGCCGCUUCGACGACUGGCAAAUAUCACCGACGCAGAUGUAGAAGCAGUGAUGAGAUCCUACACUGCAAAUCCAGCUUCCGCUUCAACAUCAUCCCCCCUCAACCACAUACCCAACCCCUCCUCACCCAACGCCAAGAAAGGUCGCAUAAUCCUAGCAGGAAGCGGCCCAGGGCAUCCCGAUCUUCUUACCCGCGCGACACACAAAGCCAUGCUAUCUGCAGACCUCAUCCUGGCCGACAAGCUCGUACCAUCCGGUGUCUUGGACCUCAUCCCACGUCGCACACCAGUGCAUAUAGCGCGAAAAUUCCCCGGCAACGCAGAUCAGGCGCAAGAAGAAUUACUCUCCAUGGCACUCGCUGGUGUUAAGGCAGGGAAAACAGUACUCCGGCUCAAGCAAGGGGAUCCGUAUCUAUACGGUCGAGGAGGAGAAGAAUACGAGUUCUUCCGCAAGGAGGGAUAUGAGAAGGAUAUAUGCGUUCUGCCAGGUAUCACCUCUGCUCUCAGUGCACCGAUGUUUGCCACAAUCCCUGCAACACAGAGGGGCAUCAGUGAUCAAGUCCUGAUAUGCACCGGCACCGGCAGGAAGGGGAAGCCUGCUGCACCGCCGGAAUCCGUUGCUACUAGAACAGUCGUCUUCCUUAUGGCGCUUCAUCGGAUAGCUGCCCUCGUUGCAGACCUUACUACCUGGGAUUCCCCCGAUGCAAAGGUUAUUCUUCCUGCUGAUGAGGCCGAGCCUGAAAAGGAGGUUAUUGAUAAAACCCGCAAACUCUGGCCCCUUUCCACGCCAUGUGCUGUGAUCGAGAGAGCUAGUUGUCCUGACCAGCGUGUGAUUCGGACAACACUUGAAUUUGUGGCUCGUGCUGUAGAGAGUGAAGGGAGCAGACCGCCUGGUCUGCUCGUUGUAGGGAAGGCAUGCGAGGCGUUGGUGAAAGGGGAUGCGGGCAGGAAGUGGGUUGUUGAGGAGGGGUUUAGAGGAGUAGGUUUUGAGGAGUUUGUUGGUAUGGGCGUGGAAGAAUUGGUUGUAGGUGAGAGCGAAGGUGGGGAGGAGGGAAAGGUUGAUGCGUAA